AUGGACCGGCCCGGGCUGGCACAAGGCGUCAUUCCCAUCGAUAAGAUGCGCUCAGCCGACUACGGCGCCGUCGUUCGGCGUCUUAUCUUCCUCUGUCAGCAGGUUGAGGCCCUGAGCGUUCCUCUUCAGGACAGCACGACCAGCAAAGGCCACUUGAGUCUUCCGAGAUUGGUUCUCGUCGGUGGGCAAAGCGCCGGAAAAAGCUCCCUUGUCGAGUGUCUCGCUGGAAUCUCCCUGCCACGAUCGCAAGGCACAUGUACCCGAGGCCCGCUCGACAUCGUUAUAACAUCCACGGUCGACGGCGCAAACGAUCGCGGCUCAGUUGGCGACAACUGGUACGCAAUUCUUUCGCUUGUACUGCCAGAAUCCAAGGCCGGUCGUCCCUCUCCGCCCGGUGCCUGCGGUGGCAUUGUCCAAUUCGGCGCUGCGAUCGACGACCCUGCGCGCGUCGCUGACCGCAUCCGCCAAGCCUCUUUGGCCGUGCUCGACCUCAUCAAUCUUCCUCCUCUCAAGCCCGGAUCCUGCGUCAUCGACGACUCUCCCUACCUUCUCAUGUCGUCCGACGAGCUCGUCUUCGCCGAGGAUGGCGCCGAGAGCAGCCUCGCUACCUUCUUCCCUGCCGGUACUCGCCUUCUCCUGUCCAUUCGAUCCCCUGGUGCUGAGCCUCUUCACUUCACCGAUCUUCCCGGCCUCAUUGCCUCUGGUCGUCCGAGCGAGAUCAAUGCACCACGCAACAUGAUCAAGCGCGAGAUCAGAGACAACAACGUCAUCAUCGUCUUUGUUGCCUCGCUCGCCAACGAUCUACGCAAUCAGGGAGGAUUCGCUCUGGCUCGAGAAGCCGACCCCACGGGCGCAAGGACAAUCGGCGUGCUCACCAUGCCUGAUCGCAUGGUCCCAUCUUCUGCCCGGCAGUGGGCCAAGAUGAUCAAUGACUCUUCGUCGCACAAUAUACAAGAUGAUCAAGGUUUUCCUUCAUCGUACUACCACCUCAAGCACGGUUGGCACGUUGUGCGCUGUGCUGCUUCCAACGAGGAUCGAAACGACGUCCGCCAUGUCGAGGACUGCUUCUUCCACAGUGAAGUUAAUGACGCCACUUUUGAAUGGCACCAGACUGCUUCCAUGCUCGACAGCGUCGGCGAGGACGGCAAUGAAAGCUUCGUCGAGACCCGAUGCGGCCUCGACAAUUUGCACUAUCAUCUCAGCCAGCUUCUGCUGCAGCAGAUCCGAUCGACGCUACCCAAGACCAUUGCCUCCGCCACCAAGCUUCUGCAAGACGUCACCCUCCAUCAUCGCGCUGCAGUGACUGAAGCCAACAACGGCAAUGGCCAACUAGGUGACAAGGCAGGUGCCGCGAUCAACAAGAUUGCUCAAAGCUUUUCAACACGAAGCUUUUCAACAAGAAGAGAACUGUUCAUCUGUGUGGACGACAUCGUAAGCCACUUCCACAUUCUUAGUCACAACAUCAACAGCGAGCUAGCACCGCGUCUCAAUCACGAGCUGCUUGCCAUCGCUCCUAUCUACCUGCCCUUCACAGCUGUUGAAGCGCGGGAUCGUGCCCUCACUGCCGCUUAUCGGCCCAAGCCAUGGACGUUCUGCAGCAAGCUCUUGGGGGCAGCUGCGGCGGUCUCGCUGGAUCUGGAACGUCAAGAUGACGAAACUGGAGCAAUGUCUUCAACGGGCAACGUUGCAUCUUCCGCAGCAUGUUUGCGCAGUAUGCUGCCCAAGAAGAAACCAAUCACCGUGGACGAGCUCAUUGAAGAGCUCAAGCGAGGUCCGAGUUUCAGUCAUGCCGUGGCCUCGACACAUAUCUUCACGGAAGUCCAUGCGCAGUUUCAGACCAAGUUCCGAACUGCCAUCCUGAACUACGCCGGCGUCGCUAAGGAGCACCUGGCCCUGCUCAUCAGGAAUGCAAUUCCUGCGCACCUUAUCGACUUGUAUCCUCAACUGGUCGCUGACUUGCUCGACAUCGCCAAUGACUUUGUGCAAGGACGUUUGAGCGAAGAGAUGCACACGGUUGCCGAAGGUGCAGCGCAGCAUUCGCUGUACGAGUACGGGACUACUGGUGGCAGGACCGGCAUUUAUCACUUCGACGCGGUGAAUACGGAUGGUGAAAGCGAUACCGAGUACAUCAAGUGGGUCAAGGACGAGCAACAGGCGUACUUGAUGCUCAGGAUGAGCCUGAUUGCCAAAGAGAGGGCCGAGGUGGGUGAUCGGAACUUCAUGGUGCAAGUCAACAAGGUCAUCAACUUUCAAUGCAAGGCUGGACUCGUUAGUAAAGAGGACUUCGAAAGGCUUGGCUAUGUCACGGGAGGCAGCAAGACUCGGGCGUUGGCAGCUGAGCUGGAGGAUGGCCCAGCAGUGGAAACAAACGCACAGCCGGCAUUGCGAAGCCAGGCAAAGGGGUCCAAGAAGAUUGCUGCUGCUGCUGCACGAACAACUCCAUCGCCCGCACCAACCAUCUUCGGCAAAGACGAGAGAAUACCUUCGUCGUCUACGCACACUCGUAGGUGCACCACAGGUGCUCUCGAUGACACAGUUGAUGCUUCUGAACUGUCCCGCGCCGCUCCAGGUGUGUACUCGACGCCCAAGCUGACCAUCCAUCGCCAUCUCGUGCUCAUUGCAGAGACGCUGAUCAGGAAACAGCGUUGGCUGUAUACGGCGAUCGAGCUCAUGGCCCAUCUGCGUGGCGACUUCAACUUUUUCUCCCUGCUCGUCGCCGACAAGGCUCAUGGAAUUCCUGUGUGGCUGAUGAAGAGUCUGUACAGCUACCUGCGCCACACAGUUUCACGCGACUUUGGCAGCAACCUCUCCGACGACGAGGUGUACCAGCGUUACUUUAUCAAGGCCGAUAGACCAAGACGGGAGGAGAUGGAAAGGGUGGUUCAGCUGAAGGAAAGGGUGGAGCAACUGAAGGAGAGGAUGGAGCGAAUUGCGGGCGUGGUCGGCGAGCUCCAGCAACUCGCGGAUCAGCUGGACAGAGUGGUGGCCCAAGCUGGCAAGCAUCUAAGGAGCGGUCAUAGUCGUUGGAGGACUGAGUUCGACGGCCGCAUCCAUGCUGGAAGCGCCCAAACCGCGCCUGGCACGCCACAACACCAUCGCACUACGGCCACCACUACUGGAUCCGACACGUCGCCUUCUACGCCUCGUAAAUCUCAUCACAGAACCGCCUCCAACACCGCGGCGACCUGCGCCGAUUCAACUACGACCAAGAGGCAAGGCAGCACGACUCCCACUCGCUCACAGCAGCUGCAGCAGCAGUUCAAGACGAGUGUCACUCCGCAGAAGCGAACUAUGAUGCGCGACGAACCUGCCACACCGACAAAGAUGCGAACCACCUGCGCUGCUGCUCCUACUCGGAGUAUUGCGAAGAUGAUGCUCUCGAACAGUGUGCCGCUGGAACCGCUGGCCUAUGAAGCCGAUGCUACCGACUGCAGCUCUGAUGCGACGCAAGCUCAUCAAGAGGAGCAUGGUGAGGCUCACCACCGAGCUGGUGGGAAGGACGACUGGUCGGACCCGCGAUUGGAGUCACAGGUGAUUGUCUCGGACAGCGAAGGCUCGUUUUGA